GUGUACAGCACAAAACAACAAAACGUAGCUAAGAAGAAGAUCCCGAAAAACAAGCAGAAACAAAUAGGAAUGUGAACAAUAUCGCUCCCCCAUCCAUAACAUUAUGGAUUUUACUAAUCUACAUCUAAAGUAGUGCGUUGUUUACAUUCUGUUCAGUUUUUCUUACACAAUCUUCUUCUGCGCGGGAUAGUUUCAACAGCCUGGGAAAGGUCUCAGCCUUGAUAUCCUAACAUAUCUGGGCGUGGGCGAAAAAAAAUAUAGUGCAUUGCUUCCUCCAGUGAUGACCACGGUUACCAUCGCAUCCAAUACUAUGGCCGAUGAGUUGUGGCGUGAUUGCGCGGCUUGGCUAACCCGCUGCAACAUCAUUCCAAAUGACCACCGUGCUAAUCAUCCGGAAUCGGAUAUCAAGGUUCUCGCGACUAUUCUUCGCGAUGGGGUGCUGCUGUGCAAUUUAGCCAAUAUGUUUGAUCCGUCGUCAUUCGACAGAAAAGAUUUCAAUAGGAAACCCCAGAUGGCUCACUUUCUUUGCAUACAAAACAUAAAACUUUUCCUGGAAGCAUGUAAAACCAACUUCGGGCUGAAGGAAGCUGAUCUAUUUGAACCGACGAUGCUGUAUGACCUAACCAACUUUCAUCGGGUGCUGUUAACACUCUCGAAAUUGUCUACAUGCAGAAAGGUGCAAACUACACACAACAUACCUGGUUUUGCUCCACAUUCUGUGCAGAUGGAGAGGACCAGUUUAGACGACGACAUCUAUAAAGAUUUACAUGCAAGCCAACAUUUGUUGGAUUCUGAACUAGGAUGUGAUAAUAAAGAGAUCGUGUUAAUUAAUGGUUCGCUUCCUUGCUGUCAUCAAGAUAACACAUUCUACGAUCAUUACAACGAAUUAACAAACUUUCCGGAUUGUUGCGCACGUGAUGAGGAAAAAAUUUACGAAGAUCUUUGCUAUGUAACAUUUUCAUCAACUUUGCCACAGUUAGCUUCAUCAACUAACAACUUGGAGCAACGCGAUUUUGUAAUUAAGGAACUGCUCGAUACGGAGAAAAAUUAUCUGGAAGCUUUGAAUGCACUAAAAUACGUUUUUAUGCAGCCGCUCGAAAAACUACUCUCGAAAGAAGAGAUACGCGCAAUUUUUCCUUGCAUAAGAGAGCUGGUAGAAAUUCAUAACAAAUUUCUAGAUCGGCUGCAUGAGGCUGUCUGUCCGGGUUCCAAGCUCAAGCUAAGCACAACGUUCCUCGAAUUCCGAGAACCUUUUUUAAUUUACGGCGAAUAUUGUUCCAGUAUGACCAGCGCGGUCGAAACAUUACGAGAAGUAUGUAAAAAAUCUAACACAGUCGAGCAGACCGUUAUGCAAAGCCAAAAAGAACAUAGCGAUGGAAGAUUGCAGCUACGAGAUAUAUUGUCGGUUCCAAUGCAACGAAUUUUAAAAUAUCAUUUAUUGCUAGAUAAACUUGUACAAGAAACAGUGCCAACACAUGAAGAUUUUCGAGGAUUAGAAAGGGCCAAAGAAGCGAUGGUAGAUGUUGCACAGUAUUCUAAUGAAGUGAAACGUGACUCGGAACAUCUUAUUGUAAUACAAAAAGUUAAGGAAAGUAUUUCAGAUCUGAACCUACCAAACGGCAAUAAUCUCGAACAGUACGGACGACUACUUCUCGACGGUGAUCUCAAUAUAAAAGCACACGAAGAUCAAAAAAUGAAACAUCGAUAUGCCUUCGUGUUCGAAAAAGUCAUGAUACUGGUGAAAAACUCUAAUACCAAGAUUGGGGAAGCCCAAUAUUCUUUCCGAGAAGCACACAAUUUGCUUGAUUACAGGAUAGAGAUACUAAACUCUCGUCGUACGCUGGGUCGCGAUGGACGUUUAAAGUAUUCACUACUGUUAGCGCGCAAAACCCAAGCUACUGCAUUUACACUCUAUAUGAAAACAGAGGAAGAACGUGAAAAAUGGAAGAGAGCUUUCGAAACAGCAAUGGAAACUUUAGAACCCGUGGGAUGUAAGAAUACCGAUCACAAAUUUAUAAUACACACCUUCGAUGCCCCUGUCAUCUGUCGCCAUUGCUCCAAGUUUCUGAAAGGAAAAAUACACCAAGGUUAUCGUUGCAAGGUAUGCGAAAUAAUAGUACACCGAGGUUGUAUUUCAUCAACUGGUCGGUGCAAACAAAUGCAACAAACACCGCCACCGGUAUGUGAUCGUUUGCUUUCGGAGUUUAACUGGUUUGUUGGUACUAUGAAUCGGGAUUCAGCUACCCAGCGGCUAGAGAACAAAAAGAUUGGAACCUAUCUGCUACGCGUCCGUCCGCAAGGUGCCUCCCAUGAAAGUGAAACAAUAUAUGCGCUUAGUCUGAAAACUGACAAGAAAAUAAUCAAACACAUGAAAAUUUAUCAGAAGAAAGAACCCCAAAAUGUGUUUUACUAUCUCUCGACAAGGAGAUAUUUCAAAACAAUUAUAGAACUGGUUUCGUUUUACGAACGAAACGACUUGGGAGAAAACUUUGCCGGCUUAAAUCAACUUCUCCAAUGGCCUUUCAAAGAAGAGAUCGUUAUAGCCAUUUAUGAUUUUGCCCCUAAUGAGCUUAAUCAGCUACCGAUGCGACAAGGUUGUCAGGUAAUUGUAAUCGGCAAAGAAGGAGACAGUAAAGGUUGGUGGCGUGGCAAAACUUUGGAAAAGGUUGGAUUUUUCCCCAAAGAAUAUGUACGGCCAGCGGUAAUCGGUGAGGUAUAAAGGAUCUAUUAACAAAGAAAUAUUAUCGCAAGCGUAUUCCACUUAUGCUUUAUAUAAAAUAGAAUGAAAUGGAAUCCUCUCUCUUGUUCGCUGUCUUUUAGAAGAAAUGUUAAAACACUUGAAUUGUAUUCAGGAAAAUGUGUUAAGCUAUAUCAGUAUGCAAAUGGGAAGGAGUAUCAACUAUCAACAUAAAUGCAAAAUUGGAACAACAAAAACAUGAAUAACAGGCUAAUUCCCAUAAUGCCACAACAAUGAAAGGUUAACAAGGAAGUUUUAUUCCUCGUACGGUUGACAGUUCAUCAGGCUGGUUUUUAAUUUUAGAUGGGAGAUUUUAAACAUAUUUUAAAUAUGAUGCAAAAGCGACAGCAUUGAGUAGGAGAUACACAAUGUGCUUUCAAAAUUGAGUAGAGUUGAAAAUGUAAAACAUUGCAUAGAAUAUAAUUACGUGUAUAUGUGUAUAUGUGCUUUCACUGUUUGAUGUGCAAAACAAAACAGAAAAGUUUUAUGAAAGCAUGUUUGCUAGCGAAAAAAAAACAAGAGAACAAAUUAAAAUUCGACAUUAAAGUUGGAUUUUCACAUUUUGGUCGAAUGUUAUACGCAACAGAAACGUAAAUAUUAAAACCACAAAAUAGUUGUUACUUAUGGAUAUCGUUUAUCAGUGAGCGUAAACACGCUGAUUGUUUUUUUAAAAUAAAUUUUGUCUUGGUGGAAUGAUUGUUCAUGUACCCAGAAUA